AUGAAUAAUAAUAAUAAUAAUAUUUGUAAUAAAUCUGUUCAUAAAAAAAAUGUACAACAUCCACUUUUAAUUAAUUUCGGCGAGAAUCAAGAUGGUGAUGGUUUCGAUGAAUUCAUUCUCGAUACUUUUCGUUUUGUUGGUGGUAGAAGAUAUCAUAAUGUCUCCAGUUCAAAAUAUUUUCUACCGAAUGAUUUACCUGAAAUGGAUCGUUUAGAAAAACAACAUUAUCUUUUUCGUCAUAUUUGGAGAAAUAAUUUUUCUGCUCCUGUGCGUGAAAAAUUAUCACAAAAAGAAAAUCAUCCUUGCGUUCUUGAUGUUGGAUGUGGACCCGGAACUUGGAUUUAUAUUCAUUCGACUUUAAAUAAAUAG